AUGCCCCCCGGUCAGGCCCCCCAGUCGCAUAAUCCUGGAGCCAAGGAGGUCAAAGAACCCCCUGUGGGAAGGGACAAUGCGGCUGGUGGAGGUAACUCGAAGGAUGGCAAAUCUGGAUGCUCCUAUUGUGCUACUCGAAGGUACAGAGGGGCGAAUAAGCACGACGACGCGCGCUGCUGGAAGAACCCUGCGAACGCUCACUUGGUUCCGGACUGGUAUCGUCAGCGCCAAGCUGAAGCUGCAGCAGCCAAGGCACCGAAAGGGCAAGGGGACGGGCAAGAGACCGUCCCAAAGGCCGUCCAAUCGACGUUCAUGGCACGCUCCGUUGACUCUGCUCAUGAAGGCCUACGCGUCAUCAAAGCUUCUGCUACCGGUUCAUCCGGCCGAAUUCUACCAGUAGAACUGCUGGUCGACUCUGGUUCGGAUCUGACAUUAAUAUCAUCCUCGUCGGCGAGCAUUAUGGGCUUCAAAGUGACACCAGCUAGGGGCUCAAGAAGCUCGAAUCGGCUGGGUCGCUAG